UUCGUCGAGGCUCGGAUCCGCUGUUGCCAACAUCCCUCUUCCUGUCCAGUUCUACUACAGCAGUCUCCUGUUUGCUUUCAUUAUCUUAUCUAUUGAUCAUCAGUAUAAUAUAUAGUACUAUACCACCAUGGCAUCAGCAGCAGCAUCGUCUACAUCUGCGGUUGCAGGAGGCAGCAACAAGGGCGCCGCCAUUGCUACUGGCAGUGCGUUGUGGAAUCGCGUCCCCAAAGCCAACGCCGAACUGUUUGCGUUGACGUACGGGGCAUUGGUGACGGAAGUCUUGCGUGAUUUUGGAGACGACAUUAACGCCGUCAAUGAACAAUUGGACAAGAUGGGUCAUUCCAUGGGAGUUCGUUGUGUCGACGAGUAUCUGGCCAAACUCAGUACGGCGGCGCCGCCGUGUUCCAAGUUUUUGGAUACCGCCGAAGUAUUGGCCAAGAGUGCCUUUAAAAUGUUCUUGGGCAUUACCGCCGACGUGGUCAUUCACGAAGGCACGGAAGGCAAGGAAGAUUCCUACAGUCUCAUCAUGACGGACAAUCCGUUGGCUAUUUUUGUGGAAUUGCCAGAUCAGUAUCAAUCACCGGCAGGGGAAGGACAACCGUUAUUGGAAUACAAUUCACUCUACUGUGGACUCAUUCGUGGAGCGCUCGAAAUGCUCAAUAUGAGAGUCGAAUGCAAAUUCGUCAAAUCUACGCUUCGAGGAGACGAUGUCAAUGAAAUCAAAGUAGCGCUCAAGGAGGUCGUGGCAGAAGGAGCGGGUGCCGAAUAUCAAGAGGAAUAAAAAUAUAUCAAUCAUAAAAACGCAGCAACAACAACUAACUGUCAAACAAAGAACAGCAACACCUGAGCAGCAAAUCAAAAUUGGGAUGGAAAUAUCUUUAGUUAUGUGGAACCCGGAUUCCCUCAUGUGAGCAUUUACCACAUCAUUAUUGAGCCAAACUAUUAGUACUUGUUCCUCCGAGCACAAAAGAGGAGACCUAUCCUCCGAGCUGGUACGUAGGUAUACAAAAAUAAAAUGUAAAGAUCUUAUCCCGUUGUUUUCUCUCUC